UGAGGCGCGGGCACGGCGCCUGACGUGUCUCUUCAUCAUCAGCUGCUUGGAGUGAGGAGCGCGCGGUGGCACUUUAUCGCGCUCUCCUCUGUCUCGCGCUCUCAUUCCGGCUCGAGCGCAGUGCCAUGCGAGCGAGUGCGUCUUCGUGUGCCAACCUCGCGUGCGCCCGGAGCGUCAGACCCCGGCGAGAUGCGGGAACUAUAACGGGAGCUCAGAUGUUUGGAGGUUCUCCACUGGAUUGUUGGUAAAUGUUCCUGCCCCACUCUCUGACGACCAUGCUUUAUUUCCAGCUGGUGAUCAUGGCGGGCACGGUCAUGCUGGCAUAUUACUUCGAAUACACGGACACGUUCAACGUGCACGUGCAGGGAUUCUUCUGCUACGAGACCGCGUACACGAAACCCUACCUCGGACCCGAGGACACGAGCGCCGUCCCGCCCGCCCUGCUGUACGCGGUGGUCACUGGAGUCCCCACAUUACUGAUCACCGUGACAGAAACUGUGUUGUUCUUGAUAGAGUAUACAUCAAAAGAUCUUGACAGUCGAGAGAAGACCAUCGUGAAUGGGGACUGCUGUUACCUCAACCCAUUAGUGCGGAGGACUUUCCGUUUCCUUGGUGUAUACUUGUUUGGCCUUUUCACCACAGACAUCUUCGUGAAUGCCGGUCAGGUGGUUACAGGGAACCUGGCCCCUCAUUUCCUGACAGUAUGUAAGCCCAACUUCACAGCUCUGGGUUGCCAGCAAGCUCUACGCUAUAUCAGUCAUCAGGAAGCCUGCACCGGCAACGAGGAUGACAUCCUGCGUGCGCGCAAGACCUUCCCUUCCAAAGAGGCGGCGCUCAGCGUGUACGCCGCGCUCUAUAUGGCUAUGUACAUUACAUUUACAGUGAAAGCCAAAGGAACCCGUCUGGCUAAACCAGUCAUGUCUUUGGGCCUGAUGUGCCUGGCCUUUCUAACGGGUAUCAACAGGGUGGCGGAGUAUCGAAACCAUUGGUCUGACGUCAUCGCCGGGUUUAUCAUCGGCGUGGCCAUCGCCACCUUUCUAGUGGUGUGUGUGGUCCAUAACUUCAAAGGCAAACAUCUGCUGAAUGAUGAUCCCCCACAGGACAACCUAAGUGACAAUCCAAUGGUCAGCUCGCCCAGGGUUGAGAGUCCAUUGGAGAAGUACAUCGCCUCACAGAAUCACAUCUCCUUCGCUGAGAUCACGUGACCUUGAGUCGGCAGUGUGGCAGACACACUGGACAUCCACGCUGUUUACCGUCCAGUCCCGAUAGUCACGGUUUAACGCUAACACAGUGGUCAUGUUCUCUAUGGUGUCGUUUUGGAUCGCUCUGCCCUUGCUUUGUGUGUGUGGAAAUCUUGGUCCCGUCUACUAAUAACUGUUACCAUCACGCAACUAAUGACUGAAGCUUCACACUUCACAUUUCCCGGACUGGCUCUGACCAAGCACUAGAGCUCAGAAUAUCUUAGUUGCUCACGUAUAUGGAGAGCAUGCGUGUCUGUGUUUAUGGGAUUUAUGGCAGGUUGAUGCGAAUACCUACCUGUGGAAUUAAAAAUGGACUUGUAUUUGUGGAUAUGUGUUUUCUUCGUCUGCUUAUAUUUCAGAAAGUGUUUAUUCCUAUAUGAAUUUGUUUCUUUUUAGAGCUUGCAUUGGAUGAGUGAAAACAUAUUGAAGCCUGUUUCUGCCUCAGAGUAAACAAAAAAAGGUAAUUUUGACUUUAUUUCUAUUUUGACUGACACUAAGUAACUUUGAACUACAUGUCAACUAAGUAUCAUUAGAGUAAUAGUAGACUGUCUGCUUAAAAUCUGCUAAAACUUUAUUUUGAUGGAAUAAUUCAUUAUCUCAUAAUUGUGAUUUUAAAAUCUCACAGCAACAUUAUUUAUCACAAUUGUAAUUAUCUCUCCUAAUUGCGACUAUAUCUCACAAGUUUCUUUCCAAAUUGUGAAAAUUGUCACAAUUACUUUUACUAAUAAUUUUUAAAUUUAUGUCUCGCAAUAUGAAUUUGUUUCUCUUAAUUGCAACUUAAAAUCUCACAAUUGCAACUUUAUUUCUUAGAAUUGGGAUUUUAUAUCUCACAAUUGCGACUUUAUUUAACAUAUUUGCGACUUUUCUCAAAUUGUGUGACUUUAUCUCACAACUACAGCUUUAUAUCUCAUAAUUGGGAUUUAAAUAUCUGACUAUUUCUUUUAAUUGUGACACAUUUGUGACUAUUCCUUAUAAUUGUGACUAUA